ACACGAGCCGGGAAGUAAUGGGUGGGAGAGGUUUGGGAAACGGGAUAUCCCCGGGACAGUGGAAGCCAGGUCCGAAACCGUUUCUCGCCCACUUCUGACAGUCGCAAGUUUUUGCUGCGGCUCCGUCGAAUCGAGGCAUGCAGAUUUCAGCGCUCCUGGCGAAGUCCCUUUCUCUUCCUUCAUCACCAGCCACCACUACCACCCUUCAGCAACUCGCUUCAAAUCAUCACAAGGGUAUUGUAAAGGUUGUCCUUAAAAAGGGAAAGACAAAGAUCUUUAGGGAUGGGAGUCCAAUGGUCUAUAGUGGGGCAGUUGAUAGAAUAAUUGGUAGACCACCACCCAAGACUGGAGACAUUGUACUUGUUGCUGAUGGGACUGAGAAACCAAUCGGUUGGGGCUUAUAUAAUUCAGUUUCUAUGUUUUGUGUGCGGAUCAUGCAGCUGGAAGAAGAAGCCUCAAGAGAUCCUUCCUGUGCAUUGCAUAUGGAGAAACUGAUUGAAACAAGAAUUGAUGCUGCUAUAAAAUUACGUAGAAAUUUGGGGCUUCCCUCUAACCAUACAAAUGCUUAUCGGCUUGUUAAUAGUGAAGGGGACAGGUUGUCAGGUCUUAUUAUUGAUGUCUUUGGAGAUUUAGCUGUAAUAGCAUCAUCUGCUGCUUGGGUUGAGAAGUACAAGCCACAAAUUGAGGCUUGUAUUCGUAGAAUAGAUGAAAUUAGUCACAUGGCCUGGAGACCCUCUGUUGAGAUUUUGAAGGAGGAAGGAUUGGAUUUACAAGAUCUGAAGGAAACACAUCUGCCUUGUUCUCUUGAGAGGGUAAAGGUUAUGGAAAAUGGGAUUUCUUAUGCCAUCUCAUUGGAAGGCCAGAAAACGGGAUUUUAUGCUGAUCAGAGAGAAAACCGUCAGUUCAUAUCAUCAAUUUCAAAUGGUCAGAGAGUUCUUGAUAUGUGCUGCUAUAGUGGUGGCUUUGCUCUGAAUGCAGCUCGUGGUGGUGCCAUUGAUGUGAUUGGUGUUGAUACAUCGUUGCCUGCUUUGGAGCUUGCCAAAGAAAAUAUAGUUCUAAACAACCUAGAUUUCGGAAGAAUAUCAUUUAUGCGACAAGAUGCAACUGAGUUUAUGAAAGACGCUGUUUGUAGGAAUGAAUCAUGGGAUAUAGUUAUUAUGGAUCCUCCUAAAUUAGCACCUCGGAAAAAGGUUCUACAAACUGCUGCAGGCAUGUACAGAAAUUUAAACUCGCUAGCCAUGCGAUUAACAAACAGAGGUGGACUUCUGAUGACUUGUUCAUGUUCGGGAGCCAUGACCCAGAGUGGGAUGUUCUUACGUGUUCUUCAGGAGCAUUUGUUUUGUGUGUGAGAGUAAGAUUCUUAUCUAUUCAUAUAUAGAUAUAUCGGUUGAUAGUAAGUUUCUUUUUCUUUCUUCUGCAAAAGUUAAGAAGAUUAUAUUGGCAUUGGGAACCAAUCAAAACAGUUACAGCAAAUCCAAACAUAUGCAAUAGACCAGCAACAAAAGGACAAAGGCCAAAACAAGUGAAGCUUACAACAGAAAGAGGAAAACUAACUGAAAGGAACUACUAAGACAACCAAAGAAUCUGCAGCAAACUAAGCAAAAACAGCACCCUGCAAUGAAAACCAAAAUAGCUCCCUUUACAAGCUGCAACGUCAAUAUCCUGAAGAACUUUGCAAAUUAUAGUUUCAGGAUUUAAUGCAAUCUGAUCAAACGAGAGAAUUUCUUGCUCUCCAAAUAUGAUAUAUAAUGGCAGUCCACGUCAGUUUUAAGUAGUCAUUCUUCUUUCAAAAAGAACAAAUCUAUUUCAAUUCUGAGUUCCAUGACCUGCAUCUUCUUCUAAUACUGUAUUUAGCAUAAGUUUCAGUGUAUAUUUCUUUUUGCGGUAUCACAAUAAACAAAUGAUCUGUGUCU